AUUCUCUGAUAGAAAAUAGGUAACAAUGAAGCAUGUUGGUAUGACCCAGAGAUGUAAUUACAACCCAAAAGUAACCAUAUUAGUUUUUUCAACUUUAUUCUUUGGAUUCUUUUUGUAUGAUGAAUACAUGAAAAUCAUUCCAUUCCCAGAUUUCAGAUACCAAACACCAUUCCAGGAAUCUUCCAACUCAAGCAUUGUUAAAGUUCAAGGAACAAACAAGGAACAGAAUGAUAGCAAAGCUGAAGUAGAAAUACAUGGAAGUGCGGAAGAGGUGGAUGAUGGUGACAAUAGAAGGAUUGUUUUGCCACCAGAAGAGUGUGAUAUCUUCACAGGAGAAUGGGUUUUUGAUGAUGGCUCACACCCUUUAUACAAAGAAGAAGACUGUGAGUUUCUUACUGAGAUGGCGACAUGCCUAAAGAAUGGAAGGCCUGAUUCCCUAUACCAGAAAUGGAGAUGGCAGCCCAGAGAUUGCUCUUUGCCCAAGUUUGAUGCAAAAUUGUUGCUGAAGAAACUUAAGGGAAAGAGGCUUAUGUUUGUUGGGGACUCCAUACAUUUUAGCCAGAUGCUAUCCAUGGUUUGUAUGGUUCAAUCUGUCAUCCCACCAGAGAAGAAAAGCUUUAGUUAUGCAAGCUAUACCACAAUCUUUAAAAUGGAGGAAUAUAAUGCUACAUUGGAGUUUUACUGGGCACCAUUUUUGGUUGAGUCCAAUGUAGACCCUCCAACAAUGAGGGAUGGCACAGUUGAUCCAGUAAUCAAGCUUGAAUCAAUCUCAAAGCAUGGAGAUAACUGGAAAAGUGUGGAUUACCUCAUUUUCAAUACAUAUAUUUGGUGGAGAUAUCCAACCACGAAAGUACUACAAGGAUCCUUCGAUGAUGGGUCGACAGAUUACGUUGAAAUUGAUCAGAACAUAGCAUAUGAGAGUGUUUUGAAGUCAUGGGGCAAAUGGGUGGAAGAAAAUGUCGAUCCAAACCAAACUUCAGUUUUCUUCAGCAGUAUGGCUCCUUCACAUUUGAAGAGCUCUGUCUGGAAUAAUAAAAAUGGGAUCAAGUGUACGAACGAGACUACUCCGAUCCUGAACAUAUCUACGUUAGAUGUGGGCACAAAUCGCCAGCUUUUCGGGAUUGCAGUGAAUGUUACUCAAUCCCUGAAGAUACCUCUUCACCACCUCAACAUAACCACCCUUUCCGAAUACAGGAAAGAUGCACAUACAUCUAUAUAUGCAGCUCCAGGUGGUAAGUUGCUCACCCCACAACAAAGGUCUGAUCCUGCAAGAUAUGCAGAUUGUGUGCACUGGUGUCUCCCUGGCUUGCCUGAUACAUGGAACGAGUUGCUGUAUACGCUUAUCUUGUCCCAGACUUGACUGAAGA